UUAUCCUGGAACAACUUCCUUUCCAGGAACUGGGAGUCUUUUUCUGAGCAAAGACAAUUCAUCCAAAAGCAAGAAGAGCAGGGCUCCUCCUGCCCUACCCAGAUGGGCAUCACGUGGCUCCCAGCUAACAGCCCAGGAAAAUUCCAGCCCCUGCACACUUAACUUCACGUACGCAUCUGCUCACCCACACUGCCACUUGGCCUCCCUGACCACCUUGCACAUUCACACCUGCAUACUCCCUGGCACACUCAUUUUACUCUCGGCUUCUACCACUUCUCCCUGGGCCAUAUUGCCAGCCAUUUGCUUGUCUCAGUGUAGCAACCCUGCCCUGUCACUCACCUCAAACCUACCAUGUCCCUUGGGCAACUGAAAUUCCAGGCCGUGGGUGAAGAGGAGGAGGAGAAUGAGGAGGAGGAGAGCUUGGAUUCCGUGAAGGCAUUAACUGCCAAGCUACAGCUGCAGACUCGGCGACCCUCGUACCUGGAGUGGACAGCCAGGGUCCAAAGCCAGGCCUGGCGCAAGGCCCAAGCUGGACCUAGCCCUGGGGGACCUGGGGCCAUCUGUGGCUUCAACUCAGUGGACGCUGCACUUGAGUGGCUCCGCCGGGAACUGGAGAUGCAGGCUCAGGACCGGCAGCUGGCAGGGCAGCUGCUGAGGCUGCGGGCCCAGCUGCACCGACUGAAGAUGGACCAAGCCUGUCACCUGCACCAGGAGCUGCUGGACGAGGCUGAACUGGAGCUGGAGCUGGAACCUGGGGCCGGCCUGGCCCUGACACCUCUGCUGCGGCACCUUGGCCUCACACGCAUGAACAUCAGUGCCCGGCGCUUCACCCUCUGCUAAGGGCCACCUGUGUGCCUCCUAGGCCAUCUGGCAAGAGGGAAGGCAGGGCAUCUCAGAGGCACACUCAGGUCUCAAAGGGCUAAACUGAGAGUGUACAAAACCCCAGCUGGCAAGGGGGCAGGGGGAAAGCUCAGGCACCAAAGCUCCUCAAUAAACACCUGCUGCAGUCCUGAA